CCCAUAUGUUCAGUUUUUUAAAGCUUUGAUUAUCUUUUUGGCUUUUGUAUAUAGUAACAUCAUCAUCAUCAUGGCUUUGAAAAGCUUCAAAGGCAAUGAAUUAUUAUCAUUUCUAUGGGGUAUAAACAAAAAAAAGAAAGGCACACUCGAACAGUUAACUCACUCAGGUCUUCUCGGUUUCUUUAAUGUAAGGAUGUGUUGAGUAGUUUUAGUCCUUUGUUUUCAAAAUUUGGAAUCUUCUUGGUGAGGGUUUUUAGGAACAGCAUAGAAGAAAUAGAAACUUUUAUUCAUUUGGGCUGGUGGGGUUUUUUUUGUUUGUGGGGAGGCUAAGCAUUGGAGGAGUUGACCUAAAGAGCUAACUUCAAACUGGUGUCUUAUUAGGGGAUUCUCUCGUUUUAGGCAGGAUUUGAGGGUGUUUUAGAAGUGGGUUUGGGGGGGUUUUUCUCAAGUGGUUACAUGAAAUGAAUCUGGUGAUGGAUUCAAAGCAAGUUUCCUCGAAAGAUUUAGUGGGUUUUUUGUGAUCUACAUGUUAAAGAAGAAGCUACAUUUUGGUCAUAUUUCAAGGUUUUGACUUUGGUGAACAAGCUGGCUUGAGCAAUUUAGGUUGGUUUCUUUUUUUGGUGUGAGGGUUGUGGUUUUAGGGAUUAAAAUAAAACUGGGUUUCUGUUUUAGCUUUGAAAGAGCCCUGUUUUGAGGCCAGUUACUGGUGUAUUGCCAUAAACAAAAGGGGUUGUCGGUUUCCUGUUUUCGAUAUAGGGUUAAAGCAUUUGUCUUUUGGGUUCUGGAGGAGCCUGUUUGGAGGUCUGCUGCUGAAGUUGUUUUCUUUUUCCACUGUGAGAAAAUGGCUUGCAUGAAACUGGGAUCCAAAACUGAUGCAUUUCGAAGGCAAGGGCAGGCUUGGUUCUGCACGACUGGACUUCCUAGCGAUAUUGUUGUUGAAGUUGGAGAAAUGUCCUUUCAUCUUCACAAGUUCCCUUUACUCUCUAGAAGUGGGGUUAUGGAAAGAUUAAUUGCAGAAGCAUCUGAAGAAGGGGAAGAAAAAUGUUCCAUAAACCUCCCUGACGUUCCUGGUGGGGCCAAAACUUUCGAACUUGUGGCCAAGUUCUGCUAUGGGGUGAAACUUGAACUCACUGCCUCAAAUGUUGUGUACCUUCGAUGUGCUGCUGAGCACUUAGAAAUGACUGAGGAAUAUGGGGAGGGCAAUCUUAUUACGCAGACUGAAACCUUUCUUAAUCAAGUAGUCCUCCGAAAUUGGAAAGACUCUCUAAGAGCACUUCAAACUUGUGAUGAUAUUAUCUCUCAUGCUGAUGAACUAAACAUUACAAAAAGGUGCAUUGAGUCACUAGCCAUGAAAGCAUCUACUGACCCCAACCUAUUUGGGUGGCCUAUCAUGGAACAUGGUGGUCCUAUGCAGAGUCCUGGUGGAAGUGUGUUGUGGAAUGGGAUAAGCACAGGGGCUAGACCAAAAAAUACAAGUUCAGAUUGGUGGUAUGAGGAUGCAUCAACUUUAAGUUUACCUCUCUAUAAGAGAUUAAUCGCGGUCAUGGAUUCUCGUGGCAUUAGACAGGAAAUUAUUUCUGGGUCUCUUACUUUUUAUGCCAAAAAGUACCUACCUGGUUUGAACAGGCGUCAGGGUGCUAAUGACUCUAAUUCUAGUGCCCGUCUUGCACCUGUGGCUUUAGGGGCUGCUCCAUCAGAAGGAGAUCAGAAGCUUUUGCUGGAGGAGAUUGAUAGGUUACUUCCUAUUCAAAAGGGCCUUGUCCCAACCAAGUUUCUCUUCGGACUGCUUCGAACAACCAUGAUUCUUCGAGCAAGCCCCUCUUGUAUAUCUAACUUUGAGAAAAGGAUUGGGAUGCAGCUUGAUCAAGCAACUCUGGAAGAUCUACUGAUGCCUAAUUUUUCUUAUUCCAUGGAGACACUUUACAAUGUUGACUGUGUGCAGCGAAUUCUUGAGCAUUUUCUUGCCAUGGACCAGAUUACUGGUGGAGCCUCUCCAUGUUCAGUUGAUGAUGGUCAGAUUAUUGGCUCACCUUCAUUAACACCAAUUACAAUGGUAGCCAAGCUAAUAGAUGGGUACCUCGCAGAGGUUGCCCCUGAUAUUAAUUUGAAGCUCCCUAAGUUUCAGGCACUUGCUGCUUCUGUUCCUGACUAUGCCAGGCCCUUGGAUGAUGGUCUAUAUCGUGCAAUUGACAUUUAUCUGAAGUCACACCCAUGGUUAUCAGAAUCUGACAGAGAACAGCUAUGCCGGCUGAUGGACUGCCAGAAGCUCUCCUUGGAAGCAUGCACCCAUGCUGCACAGAAUGAGAGACUACCACUAAGAAUAGUUGUCCAAGUCCUGUUCUUUGAGCAGCUACAGCUUAGGACAUCAAUUGCUGGUUGCUUUUUGGUUUCUGAUAAUCUUGAUGGAUCACGACAGUUAAGAAGUGGGUUUGCAGGGUCUACUGAAGGAGGCUGGGCCUCAGCUGUGAGAGAAAAUCAGGUUUUGAAGGUAGGCAUGGAUAACAUGAGAAUGCGGGUUUCUGAGCUUGAGAAGGAAUGUUCGAACAUGAGGCAAGAAAUUGAGAAGCUAGGUCGGGGGAAGGGUUCUAGCACUUGGGGAAAUGUGUCAAAGAAAUUUGGGUUAAGGUUGAAGUCUCAGAUGUGCAGUGCUCAGGAGGGUUCUGUUAGUAACCAGAAUAAUGGAAGUGGAAAGAUUGAGAAAGUGAAGGACCGGCAAGGAAAGCACAAGAAAAACUCAACUCCAGAUGGGUAAGACUAUUGUUUCUUUUUUACUUUUUUCAUCCUUUUUCUCUCCUUGUUUUUGGAGUUGUUAUUGUUUAGUUGUAUUUUAAACUUCGGAAAAACUAGGUUCCCACCUUUGAUCUCAUCUUUAACUGUGUGCCAUACCCUCUUUUUCUUUUUUAACUAUUUUGGAGACAAUGGAAGAAAGUGUAAUUUAAUUUGUUUCAUGUAAUAAUCCUGAAGCUUCCUCUCCCUCUCUGACAUGUCCGAGGCACUGCCCUCACUGUGUGUAUAUCUCAGAUUAGUGAGAACCAUUGGGAUUCUUCUUUCUAGUUAUUGGUUGGAUUGUUGAUUAUGUGAGGUUGAAUAUAAGAUGUUGGACAUUCUUACUUGUUUCUA